GUUUGUUUGUUUGUUUAGAUAUUGGUAGUUUAUCAGGAUGGCACAUCAACUACAGUUAGAGAAGAAAAACUACAGACAGUGGGUAAAGGCUGGUUUAGGACUUGGAUAUUUAAAGGAGGGACUGGUACCAUUCUGUAAUGACAUAGCUGACCAACAACAUAAGGAUAUCUUACAGAACAUUAGGUCUACAAAAUCACUACCAUCAAAUGCGACGUGUGGCAGCUGUCGAGUUGAUACUCUCAAGCCAGACCAUAAGCCAGCAGGGACUGCUGGAAACAAAUUUUGUCCUCUUGGGCAAGUAAGAUGCAGCUGUUGCUUUACUAAGGGCAAAACUGCUUGUCCGAACAAAAUAUGUGGCGCCAUCUAUGACUAUAUUGUGCAACAUCAUGCAUCUUCACCACCUUCACCUAACUGGAAAAACAGCGAUGCUCAACAGUGGUCAGUAUACCCUUGGAGCAUUUGUAAAUGUUUUAUAAAUGCUCCAGGGUACGAGCAUAAGCAAUCUGCUAGUGAAACUGAUUGUACUGGGUUAUUACACCUAUUGAUAAAUAACCAGUAUUUUCAUAGCCACAUUGCAUGCAAUGUCACAGGAACAAACAAUUUGUUUUCAAAGGUUCGUCAGUAUAGGAAUGAUAUUUUUCACUCAAGCGAUAUGGAAUUAGAAGAAAGUGAGGCAAAUUCUUAUAUUGACGAUAUGAUAAAAGUUUUACAAGAUGGUAAGGAGCUAUUACAACGAUCAGAUGCCCAGAUAGCCGUGAAGAAACUUGAAGAUCUGAAGAAGAAAGACUUCAUUAUUACAACUGAAGGGUUUGAAGAAAUUCUGAGACAAAUCAAGGAAGAAAUGGAAAAUGCUCCAACUAAAGAAGAAUAUGAGGAGCUCAAAAAUAAACUUGAAACACAGAUGUCCAAACUGAAAGAGGAGAUAAAAAGACUCCAAGUAGAAGAUUCUCCACAACAAAAACAGCUAGAAUAUGAAAAGGCUAAAUCAGGUAUGUUAUAAUUAUAGAAAUAAAAAGUAUAAAUCAGGUAUGUUAUAUAGAAUAAUUAUAAAAAGGCUAAAUCAUGUAUG